AUGUCCGUCGUAUACGAUGCCCCUAACUCGGCCACUGGUUCCAUCAUUGAGCAUAACAGGAGCAUUAUCUUUGUCAAGGGUGCUAUAGAGCGUGUCCUCAAUCUUUGCGGAUACAUGGGUACUGGCGGUGAGCAAGAUAUCGUGACCGAGGAUAUCAAGGAACAAGUUCUCCAUCAGAUGCAACAUCUCGCCUCGCAAGGUCAGCAUGUCUUGGCGAUUGCUUACAGCUCAUACGGUGGACGCUAUCGCCCACACCGAGCUGCUUCACCAGAAGAAGAGGCAGCUGUACGCGCCGACGUCGAGUCCGGUUUCACUCUGCUUGGUCUCGCAGGCAUCUAUGAUCCUCCAAGUCGUGAGACAAAGGGCGCCAACUCCGAGGCUUCCCAUGCCGGCAUCAAGAUUCACAUGCUCACAGGCGAUCAUCCGGAAACCGCAAAGGCCAUUGCCAAGGAGGUCGGCAUCAUCCCUAAGAAUCUCGGUGUUCUGCCGGACACUGUCGCUCGAUCGAUUGUGCAGAAGGCAACAAACUUUGACAAGAUGACUGAUGCCGAAAUUGACGCCUUGCCAGAGCUGCCCCUUGUCAUUGCACGAUGUGCGCCUGACACGAAGACCAGGAUGAUCGAGGCCCUGCGGCGAAGGGACGCUUUCAUGGCCAUGAUGGGUGAUGGCGCGGCAGCCAAGAUUGUUCUCACCGACGACAAGUUCAACUCCAGGGUCUCCGCCAUUCGAGAAGGCCGCCGCAUGUUUGACAAUAUUCAAAAGUUCAUACUACACCUGCUCACAUCCAACAUGGGCGGGGUGAUUCUUCUUAUGGCAGGCCUUGGAUUUACAGACAGCUCAGGCACGUCAGUCUUCCCAAUAUCCCCUCUUCAGGUCAUCCGGAUCAACAUGGCCACGUCCUCGUUCCCUGCGUUUGGUCUGGGUCGGCAGCCGGCCGCGCAGGAUAUCAUGAGAAAGCCACCCCACGACAAGAAGCGCGGCGUCUUCACAAACCAGGUUAUUGUGGAUAUGAUAGUCUACGGUGUCAUAAUGGGGAUCUGUACCAUGGUCCCGUUCUGCGGUAUUGCGUAUAGUGCCUACGGGGGCGAACUUGGUCAUGGGUAUAACGAAGGGUAUAACCCGUUAUGCAAUGCCGUGUUUAAGGCGCGCGUCGCUACGUUUGCGGAGCUCAUAUGGCUUAUCCUAAUCUCCGCUUGGGAGUUCAAGUCUUUGCGCCACUCCAUGUUUCACCUGAACCCUGAAUCCAAGGGGCAAUUCGACUUCUUCAAUGACAUUUACUCCAACCAGUUCCUCUUCUGGUCUGUGAUCAUUGGAGUCUUAAGUGUCUUCCCCGUAGUCUACAUUCCCUACCUCAACAAGGACUUCUUCAAGCACAUGGACAUCACCUGGGAGUGGGCCCUCGCGGUCGGUUUGACGUUCGUCCUCGUGGGUGGCAUUGAGCUCUGGAAGUUCAUCAAGCGACGCUUUCACCUGCUUGAGGACCGUCCCGUCAACCACGGUCCGUGGGGCCAGGGUGGGAGCACGAAUGACGACGAGUCCAGUCGGGUGAGGAGGACCAUGACCAUGUCAAGCUUUAAGACAUGA